GUUCUGAUCGCGCCUAGACCAACAUCUAUUUGUGAAUUAUGUGCAACAUGCGGCUCUCGAGCUUUAGGUUAUUAUCGGUCUUACUUGGCUACUUAGUAGCUCAAGCAAAGGCUUACCCUAUGCAGGGAUGGCCUAUGUACCCGCAAACAUCUAGGGAAUACCCAGAUGAUGAAUACUACUAUGCUCCUAAAGUACAAUACUUUUAUGAUGCUCCAGCGAUUGGUGUCCCAGAAAUGCACGCUCAAGUUCCAUACCCCUAUUUCUACGACCCGUACGGUCACUUUAUUGCAAAUGAAGCGCCAAAAAGGCAGGAAGAGAGACUAGCCGCCUUGCCUAUUGGACAGGAAACUUGGUUUGAGAGUGACACCACGCCCCGCUGGCAAACCAACGAUGUUGAUGACGUCAGUGCAGCUUUCCUCGAUAAUUUGAUUCUUACGCAAAUGGCACAAGACGCACAGAGACGGCGCGAGAAUGCCCGCGCAGCCUUCCCGCCUGUUGAUUAUGACGAGCCUGAUGCCCAAGAUGAAGACGUGCGAGAACUGAAGGCUUUGGCUGGGAAACCUUUGUACCAUGUCCCCAAGACAGUGCCGAGGAUUGACGAUGAUGAUUAUGCAUCAGAUGAUGGCUUCAUCAACUGGAACGGAAACAAGAGAAGCGUAACUACCGCUGCACCACAGAUUACCACAGAGGCGGCCAAAGCUGGUGACAAAGAGUUUGUGAGGCCACAGCCUGCAGCCAACCCAUUUAGUCGUGGACCUCAAAACAGCCAGAACAAAAGAAGCAAUGCUUUCUACGAUACGAUCGUGCAGUAUUUCGCGGACAAGAAAACAAACAAGAAAUUACAAGAUACAGCAAAAGAACGAAGAAUCGAAAAGCGUUAUAUUGCUAAUGACUCGGAUCUAGUUGGAGAACUUCGAGGCCUAAAACAUCGCAUCUCCACUUAAACAAAUACUUCGGAAUUACCGCCAACAAAUAUGAGACUGAGUAAUAAGUAGAUUAAAUAGUUACGCAGCGGCGACAUCAUAGAACGUUCGCGAUAGGAGGCAAACAAAAUAACAAAAAAAUAUUAACAUUUGUCAAGAGCAUAUAUAAGGUUUAGAUACAUUACAUAAACUUUUGUCGUCCACUUUGAAUAAUAUAUUAAGUAAUUACGUGUCAAUAAUAUAAUACAAAGAGUUUAGAAAAUCCUUUUCUAUCUGUAUGGUCACUUCUUCCGUUACAGAACUAGUGUAGCUAUAUUAAGUGUGGGUACGGGUGUAAAUGAUGGUACAAACUGUGACUAUAAUCUCCAUUAGAACAAAUGAGUCGUUGACUGAAAUAUGCAUGAUGCUAUUAUUAAAGUUGCUCCUUCAAUUGGCAGCUACUAUGUCGCACGCGAGUGCAAUUUGUAAAUAUGUGUAGGUACUGAUCGUCUAAGACUUAUAAUUACAUAUUUAGAUAGAAGUCAAUACAUGAAAUAUCGAAAUGAAAAUCAUUCGGUAACUAUUUUUUCAUUUUGUAUAAAACUGCUGCCGAUAGUUUGGCAGUUUUGCUUCUUUGAUUGCAAGCUAUGGCAACAUAUGCGUGAGAUUUUCUCAUACGAAUUCUCUAUAUUCUUUGAAAUUAGGUAGUUACUGAAUUGAUUAUAAUUAAUUUUGUCUUCAUUUGUUUGUAACAACUGUUAUUGGCCUAUCUGGUAAACAUUGUAUUUUCUCUGGGGUGCUAACUCACUAUUUUAAGUUAAAUUAAUUAUCGGUCUAUGCAGACAAUAUUUAACACAAAACUAACUUUUUGCAAAGCAAAGACGCAACACGUACUUAGUAUCUAUAUAUAAAUUAUAUAUCUGUUAGGGUUAAGAUUCUCUCGGGAAGCAGAGGAUUACGUGAUAUUUUAGCUUUACUGCUUCUUACCUAACGUUAUUUAAUAUGCAUCUGGUCUAUAAGACCAAGAAAAAACACAAAAAAAUAAAACUUUGUUAAUCCAUUUUCUAUUUGCUAUUUUAAAAUAAAAGUUCGCUUACGUUCAUCUUUCAGCAAUUUUUGUGACCACAUUUUCUAAAAUUCCAAGUUUGUAUUUAAGAAAUCCAAGUUUGUCAUUAAGAUUUGAUAAGUAAUUGUAUCUUUCAAAGUACAUAUCUGUUUAUAUUAACGUCAAAUUACUUUCCUACGUUGAAAUGACAUGAUCCUUAUAAUUAGUUGUAAUGUAAUAUAAUGUGACCUGUAAAGUAUUACUAGUUGAUGUUAAACAUAAUGGAAGUAAAUAUUUUAAAAUACAGUUAGGGUUCUGUACACUUUAUUGUUACAAUCUCAGCUAUUAUUUUUACGGUCUGCAAACUCCUAUAUUAUGAGAGCCUAAGAAGUUAUACGAAGUAGUAGAAAAAUAUAAUUUUGUAUUGUACUAAACAUGUCCGAGCAGGUAUUUAGAUGCCGUUUUGCACAAUAUUGCUCAGAAUAUUGUCUAUCCGUAGAUACAUAUUGCUAUCUGUGUAUUUGUAUUCAAUAUAGACAUUAAUGUAUUUUCAUAGAUAGGUUUUUUUUAAUUACUUAUAGCCUACUUAUAACUGAAAAUGAACCUAUGGAUAUGGAUACAAAUCCGAACUUAGAGAGCUAUGAAAUUGUAUCAAUAUUUAAAUGAGAAUAAAAGUAAUACAAUCAUUUCGUGAAUUGUA